UACCCGAUUACUGGUUUUAGUGGAAGGAAUAGUGCCCUAUUGUUGGUAUCAGUGGGAGGAAUGGUGCCCCAUUGUUGGUAUUCAAGGUGGGAAUGGUGCCCCAUUGUUGGUAUUAAAGGUGGGAAUGGUGCCCCAUCAAUGGUGUCUUUGGGAGGAAUGGUGCCCCAUCAUUGGUGUCUUUGGGAGGAAUGGUGCCCCAUCAUUGGUGUCUUUGUGAGCAAUGGUGCCCCAUCAUUGGUGUCUUUGGGAGGAAUGGUGCCCCAUCAUUGGUGUCUUUGGGAGGAAUGGUGCCCCAUCAUUGGUGUCUUUGGGAGGAAUGGUGCCCCAUCAUGGUGUCUUUGGGAGGAAUGGUGCCCCAUCAUUGGUGUCUUUGGAGGAAUGGUGCCCCAUCAUUGGUGUCUUUGGGAUGGUGCCCCAUCAUUGGUGUCUUUGGGAGGAAUGGUGCCCCAUCAUUGGUGUCUUUGGGAGGAAUGG